AUUGAAAAUAAUACAUUAUAGAUGAAAAAAAGUAUGGAAGUUUUGGAUCUUAAACGCAUGCAUUAUAGAUGAACAAGUGGUAAUUUCUAUUGUCCUUGGGAAACAUGGCUGUUACCGACUUGGCGACUUCUAAAUACUAUGUUAUGGACACUAGUAGCAUCUUCAAUGUGACAUGUGCAAGGUCACAUACAUAUACGAUAUGGUUUAUGGCAAAUAUACAUGGCUUGUGUCAUGGGUGUAGGAUUACAUAUAUAUCAUGACUCUAAGGAUAGAUUAUUUGUGUCCGCAUGGAACAACAAUGAUGGACGGCUUUUGGCAUUUCUUGUGCGUGAAAUUAGCAUCUUACACCGUCAGUCGAAGGGGAUUUCUGACAAUUGGAAUCGUCAAGUUUUUUGCAAAGUACCAAAGAUGAGACGAAAUGCAAGAAAGCGUUCUCAGGGCAGAUUCGUGGACAGAAAGAAUUGGGAUAAUUGAUCCCUGGGAUAAUAUCUCAAGAUUACCCGACCAUAUAUUGCACCAUAUGAUAUCUUUUCUUCCAUCUUCUGCAAAAGAACAGGUUCGGUCUUUGUCGAGAAAUUGGAGGCAACUUAAUAAGAAACCCAGAGAGCACUUUCUAUGAUUGGGCACAGAUUAGAUUGAGCAGGAGUUGUCUAGGAUUUUGGUGGACUUCCCCUCAGAUGAGACGAAAUGCAAGAAAGCGUUCUCAGGGCAGAUUCGUGGACAGAAAGAAUGGGAUAAUUGAUCCCUGGGAUAAUAUCUCAAGAUUACCCGACCAUAUAUUGCACCAUAUGAUAUCUUUUCUUCCAUCUUCUGCAAAAGAACAGGUUCGGUCUUUGUCGAUAAAUUGGAGGCAACUUAAUAAAGAAACCCAGAGAGCACUUUCUAUGAUUGGGCACAGAUUAGAUGAGCAGGAGUUGUCUAGGAUUUUGGUGGACUUCCCCUCAGUAGAGUUUCUUAGUUUAAAGAAGUGCUCAGGUAUGAGAACAUUGAGACUAGAGAAGUUAAAGUUGAAGAAUAUCGAGUUAAAGUAUUGCGUAAGCCUGAAGAACCUACAGCUUGACACACCAAAUGUUGAAGCUUUCCUUUUCCAUGGACCUCGUCUGAGGCCGUGCACGAUUGAGUUUGGUAUAUGCAAAAAACUGAAGGUUGUGCAUCUAGUUGGGGUUGCUAUGAACAAAGCGAUGUUCACCGACUGUAACAAAAAUUUUUCCCUUCUCCAACAAUUGGUGAUUGGUGGCUGUGAUUUCACGGGUUGUAUAAAGAUCUCCAGUAAUUCGCUUGAGAGGUUAUCUUUGUUGAGAUUCAACACUUCUGUGGCUAUCCACAUCAAAGCCCCAAAUCUAAGGUCUUUCGUGUACAAUGGCAGUACAAUCCCCUCUUUAAUCAUGCACUCUACUCAUCUCAUCUUAGCUGAGCUAGACCUUAGGCCGUACCAAGAGCGAGAUGAAAAGUGGGUCCCAAAAUUUUUGCAAAUGUUACGAAGGCUAAAGCAUGCUCAAAAGCUAAGGUUUCAUUCCAAGUUCGACGAGAAUAUCAUAGUUCCAAAAGAACUCAGAGAAACCCUGAACCCUCCCAUUGAUGGAAUGCCUUUUAUCGAAAUCAAGACUAAUUCCAGAUCGAACAAUAUUGUUCAUCUUACUGAUGCUAUGCUUUGGCUCUGUCCUCGGGGAAUCUAAUUUUCUCUUCAAGUAAGUGGGCCUGGGACUUCAACCUACAGUUGAUGCACGGGGAAUUCUCCAGUGCUCGUUCCAAUUCGUGCAGCUUCUGUGCCUCACAUACUUCAAGAUGCUGGCGCCAUUAUGUGAUAAUGUAUGAAGUAAGACAAACUUUUGAUGAGUUCAAGCUGGAAACAAUGGAUUUUCUUUUGGAUAAUCUACAAAAGGUUGGACGCCAUGCUGCCAGUAAUUAUUUAUUUCAGAGUUUUGAUAUCCUUUCAUAACUCUUCAACUAAUGUUUGAUUUAGAUUUGUGUCUAUUUCGUGGGAAAAAAGGGUGUUAUAGUAGUGGGCAUCAUUGAAACUGAGAUUUUUCUUUCUUUGAACUAAAAGUUGAUGAGCCAUGAUUUUUAUU